AUGAAGACAAGCAACAAGAAUAUCUCGAUUCAAGUGUCAGAGAAAUGGGAGAAACUGGCGGCUUCUCCGUCGAUUCUGGACAGUGACGUCUGCCAGGAAACUUUGAGCGAAGUCGAUGAGUGGUUAACGCGAUCUUCUCAUUGGCUUGGCUUUACGCUUCGCUUUGACGGUGGCCUGCUGGAUCCCAUGACGGUCAAGGGAGGAUUGCAACGUACGCUGCACCAUUUCCCGGCCUUGGGAGCUCGAGUCGUCAAGACUGAUAGCGACAAGAAGAAUCUUUAUCAGCUGGCAUUGUUGCCUGACGAUCAAGGAGUCGUUUUGGAGUAUUGCAAGGGAACAACGUCCCGUCCAGACAUUCAUCUGCCCAAUGACUCCGACACCCGUAAACUCUGGAAAGACGCUGGAUUGGAAGCACCUGGGCCAGGAUUCUCUGGGGAAGCAACCGAGAAGGAUCCUCUGUUGAGAGCUCGUUUGAUUGUCUUUGAAGAAAAGCAAGUUUCCUAUCUUUGCAUUGGCAUCAAUCAUGGAAUCUGUGACGGCAGCGGAAUGUGCGAUAUUCUCCAAGUCUGGUCGCAUUUCUGCACCAAGCCAGACCAGCCGCUGCCGGAACUCUUGGCCCGUCGCCGUCUCAUGGGAAAGCGUGUAUGGGAAGCUCAGAAACCUGCACAAUCAGUUUCGGAUCUCUAUGAACGGCUGCCACGCGAGCUUGGAUCUCCCCAUGAUCCCUUUUCGUUUUGGACCUUUCUUGUCAAGCUCUUGCCCAAGGCGAUUUGGUGCAUGGCUCGCCAGGAAGAAGUAGAGCUCCGGGUAAGCGCUGCCGAACUCGCCGCCCUGAAAGAGGCCGUUUCCAAACAGUUGCCAGAUGGCGAGUGGGUUUCCACGUUUGAGGUACUAUGUGCUUCUCUUUUGCUUACCAAGCAAAUCACUUCCCCCACUCCCACUACCAGCAAUGAUACCGUACAACACAAUCUACAUGUAGCGUGCAAUCUCAGGGGACGAUCUAAGCGUUUCGCGAAGGACUAUUUCGGCAAUGCUGCAUUUGACUUUGCCGAACCCAUGACCAUUGGUGCGAGUCCGGCAGCAUGGAAUGCAAGGGAGGUAACUGUCAUGGCCCAAGAAGUUCACCGAGCCAUGCGCAAAGGUUUGGCGGAUGCGGAAUCCAAUGCCUGCAGAGCCAAGGACUGGUUCGAAGCGGCCCGUCAUUUAGGAAUCAAGAACACAUAUGAUAUGUGGUCGCCAGUUGUGUUUGAUGUGCUCGAAGGGGAUGGUACCUUUGUCAAUUCCUGGGACAAGCGAUGGCUCAACUGUGGUAUGGGUGCUGGUGCCGAAAAUGCUUCAUGCAUGGUGGCCUGGUUUGGAACCCUUCAGAACAUGGUGGUGGAAGUGCCUCGGCACUCAGGAACGGGUGAUUCCACGGUUUAUUUUGGCUUGCCACCGACUCACGCCACGAAGUUCAAGGCGUUUUGCCGAAAGCACCAGGACUUGCCCUUUGUCGUAGUGAAAUAG